AUGAAACUCCGUCCUUUUCAUGAUAUCCAGCACAUCUAUCCUUUUAAUGCUUCAUUCAAGAUCCAUUUAUUUUCCAGCCUCUCAAAACCCACUUGGAAUUCAUCACAAACCAAUCUCUCCAUCACAAACCCAACUCUAUUAGCUGUAGAAUCAUGCAAUUCCAUGGCCCAGUUGAGGCAAAUUCAAGCACAAUAUACUAGAACCGGCCUCCUUUUCCACGUUUUCCCUGUCAGCAGAAUCUUAACCUUUUGUGCUCUAUCAGACACUGGAGAUCUAAAGUAUGCUCAUCGCCUUUUCAACCAGUUCUCUAAUCCCAACGUUUAUAUGUGGAACAUCAUGAUCAGAGGGUAUCUAAAAUCACAUUUGAAUGUAAAGGGGUUGUCUUUAUUUCGCUUAAUGGUUCGAAAGUGCGUGGAAAUGGACAGGAGGAGCUUUGUGUUUGGAUUGAAAGCAUGCGAGUGUUUACGAGCGGGGGAAUCGUUACAUUCUUUGGUUUGGAAAGUGGGUUUUGAUUGUGAUUUGGUUGUGCAAAACGGGUUGGUUCACUUCUACGGUGAGAGAGGACAGUUGUGUUGUGCACGAAAGGUGUUCGAUGAAAGUUGUGAGAGGGAUGUUUUUUCUUGGACUAGUUUAAUAAAUGGGUACGCGAAACAAGGCAUGCCAGACGAGGCAUUGCGAGUUUUUGAGUUGAUGGAGGCUAGUGGGGUUCAACCUAAUGAGAUCACGAUGAUAGCAGUGUUUUCUGCUUGUUCUCACAAACAGGACUUGGAGUUGGGGAAAUUUAUACAUGAUCAUGUCAAAAGAAUGAAUCUGAAUACGAGUCUCAAUCUAAUGAAUUCGAUAUUGGAUAUGUAUGUGAAAUGUGGUUCUUUAGUUACUGCUAGAGAGAUGUUUGAUAAUAUGAGAACCAAAGAUGUUUUCUCAUGGACGAGUAUGAUAAAUGGGUAUGCCAAAAACAAUGAGCUGGUUUCAGCAAAGAAACUGUUCGAUGAAAUGCCUGAGAGAAACAUUGUAUCUUGGAAUGCUAUGAUUGCAGGCUAUUCACAAAACAACAAACCAAAAGAAGCUCUAGAACUCUUUCUCGACAUGGAAAAUGAAGGUUUGGUUCCUAUAGAGAGCACUUUAGUAUGUGUGCUCUCUGCUUGUGGUCAAUCAGGUUGCUUAGAUUUAGGCCAAUGGAUGUACUUCUACUACAUCAAGCAAAAUCGGAUUCAACCCACAGUGACACUAGGAAAUGCAUUCAUAGACAUGUAUGCCAAAUGCGGGAAGAUUGAUGCAGCAGAAGAGAUUUUUAAUGAAAUCCAUGAUAAAGAUUUAGUAUCUUGGAACUCCAUGAUUGUGGGUUUUGCUUCCCAUGGGCAUGCAAUCAAGGCUCUUAGUCUUUUCAAAGAUAUGAUAGGAACAGGAUUAUACAAACCAGAUGAGGUUACAUUUAUCGGUGUGCUAUCAGCUUGUAGCCAUGGAGGGUUACUCACCCAAGGAAGAAGCUACUUCAAAGAGAUGGAAACCAGGUUUGGGGUUAAACCAAGAGUGGAGCAUUAUGCUUGUAUGAUUGAUUUACUUGGAAGAAUUGGGGUUUUGGAUGAAGCUUAUGAGUUGAUAAAAGAGAUGCCAAUGGAAGCUGAUAAAGUUGUUUGGGGAGCGCUUCUUAAUGCGUGUAGGAUGCAUGGUGAUGUUGAUUUGGGUAAAAUUGCUACUGAAAAGCUUCUUAAGUUGGAUCCAAAUGAUAGUGGUGUUUAUGUGCUUAUGGAAAGUUUAUGUGCUAGUAGAUGUAAAUGGGAUGAGGUAAAGAAGAUUAGAAGUGUGAUGAGAGGGAAUGGUGUUAAGAAAACACCAGGGUGUAGUUGUGUACAAGUGGAGGGUGUGUUUCAUGAGUUCUUGUCUGCUGAUAAAACGCAUCCUAAAUCGGAGAAUGUAUAUCAAGUAUUGAGUGAAAUAACAUCACUGUCGAGGUUGGAUUGGAACAAUUAA